UCAGGGAAGCCUGCGCUGACCGGCCCGCGUCCCCCCUAGGCGGCGCCUCAGGCUUCCGGUCAGCCCAGAGCCGCGGCGCUGGUGCUCUUCAUGCAUCAGGCUGCUGUUACCGGGGGAAAAAGCAUUUUUUUCGCGUCUUAUUUUUGUCGUUAUUUGCGUCAGCCCUCCGGACAGCGGGGCCGGUUCCAAGAGGCAGAGGGAAGGGGAACGCGGCUUUGCGCUCCUCUUAGUUCAUCGGUGCCGCCGCAGUUUCCUCCGCGACGCACCCGUACUUUUAAAAGCCGCGUUUCCUCAGAAUUCAGCGUUUACCUUCUCAGCCCCAACCCGCGUGGCCGGCCCCGGCCGGCGGCGCGGUGGCAGCCCGCACCUGUGAGGCCUCUCAAGCGCGCCUUCCGCCGGCGUGAGACCGGAGGAAAGCGGGGGAACCACGCACUACGCGGCCGCCUGCGCCGCUCCUCCUCCGCCGCGCCCGGGGCUCUCCCCUCUACCCCCCGCGGGCUGCCCCGCCGAGCUCCCCGGCGCUGGCGGCGGGCGGCCCGGGCCCGCCCCGCCGCCAGGUGCGGUGCCGCCGCCCGCGGGCCCAGGAAGUGCCGUCACGGCGUGUGCCGGGCGGGGCGGCGGCUCCUGCGGGCCGGGCCGGUCAGACCGUUCCGUCGGCGGGUGCCGGGCCGGGGCCGCCGCCAUGAGCAAGAUUUCCAAGUUCUUCAAGGGGGGCGGCUCGGCCGCCUCCAAGGGCCGCGGGGGGCCCUCGCCGCAGGAGGCGCUGGCCCGGCUGCGGGAGACGGAGGGGAUGCUCAGCAAGAAGCAGGAGUACCUGGAGACGAGGAUCGAGCGGGAGCUGGCGGCAGCCCGGCAGCACGGCACCAAGAACAAGCGAGGGACUUGAACAAAAUUGAUGAUUUGAUGCAAGACAUCACUGAACAGCAAGAUGUUGCCCAGGAAAUUUCAGACGCUAUUUCAAACCGAGCGGCCUUUGCUGAUGAGUUUGAUGAGGAUGAGUUGAUGGCAGAAUUAGAAGAACUGGAGCAAGAAGAAUUAAACAAGGGAAUGAGAGAUGUCAGACUGCCAAGUGUUCCGUCCACAUCGCUGCCUUCUCGCCCUGCAUCGACCAGGAAGAGAGCAGAGGAUGAAGAUGAAAUGAAGCAGCUGGCUGCCUGGGCUUCAUAAGAGCAUGGUCUUUUUAUAACGCUGAACAUUAUAGUGCAGAUGUAAAGAGCUGUAAUGCUGUUUUAUAACUGUACCUAUUUAGUGUGGUUGCAUUUCAUACAGGCUGGUUUUUUUAUGGCCAAUCUUGCUAAGAGUAGUGUUACUAUUUGUUACUACAAAACUAGUUUAAAAACAAACAAACAAAAAAAUGCAAUAGUUGCCAAAACCUCCAAGCAUCAAAGUUUUUUCAGCCUUGGCCAGAGAUUUGUUUUGUUAUUAGUAUCAGUUUUUAUUAGGUAGUGUCUUACUAUAUCUGGCUGGUUUGUAAAAUCUGUGUGCCUCACUUAUGCACACAGCUGGAUUCAUUGUUGAAAUGAAAAAGUCAAAUAAGUCCUCAAGGCCCUAUCCUAGAGGGUUAUUUGAUUCAGACUAUUUGAAUAUUAGCAAAACAGCUUUAUACGUGUCCUGACUUGCAAGUUCCUUUGAGCUCAAGAGCUAAUAGCCAUUCAUUUGGGCAUGGAGAUUUAAACAGUCUGCCAGGAGCAACUUAGAGUAUCCUAGAUAUUAAGAGGAGACUCUUCUGUAGGGUUUUUGAAGUGGGACAGGUUUUUUGUUUUGUUUUAACUUUGGCCAGAAUAUCCCGUGUACUUCUGUAGGUCACCUUGAAUCAUAUUUUUAACUAUUUCCAAUUCAGUUAAAGAACAGUUUUACAGUGAUUGGGGAAAAUGAAAUGUCCAAGUUCUUACAGAUCCCUGCCAAACAAAACUGAUUUCCGCUAAUACUGUCAAAAAUCCAGAAGAGAUUUGACUUUCCUGUGUUGUCCUCCACAGUGUAUUUCUAGGGUGAAUCUUUACUUUGUAUUCUAAUACCCAUCCUCAAAGGAAUUAGUAACGUAUUUUUUUGAUUAUACAAUUUCAAAAUAAUUUUGAUUUCUGAGCAUUUGGUUCUUUUCUCUUACUCAGUUUCUGAACAGAAAUAAUACCAGCAUGUUGAAUUUGAAAUGCUUUUUAACCCUGGUUAAAAGCUGGUUCUGGAUUACUUGUAAAGUUGAUACAUAAUUGUCCAACUGACAGCUUUUUAGCUUACGGAACAAAUGCCACUCUGAGUGCUAAACUACUACAUACAUAGAGAAAUCACUAUUCAAAUACAAAACAAAAAUUAAAUAGGCUGCUUUGUGCUAACAAAUUUUAUUAAAUAAGACUUAAGCUCUAUGCUAGUAGCCUGCUGUCAGUCACAAGGAAAUAGUAAAACACUGUGGAGUUCCUAUGGUUGUGGGAAGCAGAGUCACAUUGAUCUAGGUUUCUUGUUUUCAAAUUAAUUUAAAUUUACUGAUGAUUGAACCACUUGGGGAAUAGUGGGAGACUUGGUUUCUGUAGAUCUAUAGCAGCAGCAGAUUGACCCCUUCUCCUGUGGGCUUUAGGCUGUGAGUUGCUGGGUGUUUAGCUUUGAUAGGCUACAGCAGGCUUCAGCUUAUUGGAAUUUAGGUUAAGCAUCCGUUAAUAUGUGUUUCUGGACAUGGCGUGCUGGCGUGCUCAGAACCUUUCAGGUUGAGUUCCGUGGAUGAAACCCAAAAUUUACAAACCCUGUGGAGAGAUUAAAUUUUUCAGGACUUUUUUGUUCUCUGUAGUGGAAUUGCUUUUGGUCUGCAUCCAUGUGAAAGGAGAAUAAAGCCUUGCCACUUUACUUGAGAUAAAUUUCCUACUGGAAAAAAUUAAGCAUGUUAACUCUGUCCCAAAGUUUGGAGGUACCAGGAAAACUGUCCCUUUAUGUUGAGAGUAGAGAAAACCUGGAACUAUUCAAUGUGUGUUCUAAAAACAAAACAAAAAUUAAAGAACUGCUUUAAAUUAAAGAACUGCCUUAUGUUUAAAAAUACAUGUUGAACUCUCAGUAGGAAACCAAACACUAACAAAAUGUUACUUAGUUAACGCUUGCUGAAAUUCAGGAUGAGAUGCCAGCUGUAAGCAGGCAUAUUUAAUAAAAUAACAAAUAUUCUGAGUUAUUUAGAAUCCAUUUGCUAACCCUUUUGUCUGGAAUCCUGUUUUCAAGGCAUGCAGUCUAUGCAAGUCUCUGGGUACAGAAAGUAUUAGCGUACACUGUUUGCAUCACUGUGCAAGGCUGGCCGUGCAUGUGGACACAUCUGGUAUUUCUAAAUGCGAGGCCAUGCCAACAUAGUCCCGUGCUUAGCUUGGAAAAGCUGGCUUCUAACAUCUGUUCUUGGUCGAAUUAGUAGUUUUCCAAUACUUGGCACUUACAUAGUAAUUGGCAUAUUUAAAGUGCUCUACAACCUAACCAAAAGGGUCUCUAAGCUUCCAGUUUGAAACUAAAGUGAUUUUCAGUCUGCUUUGGAAUAUGUGGACCUGCUGUUUUUGUGCAAGAACUUUCCAUAUGAACACCCUGCAGGGGAGAAGAAAUCCUAUGGAAGGUCAUCUCCUUUGCAAGCUAGCGGCUGACUGCUGACCUCCAGCAAUGUUUUGGCCAAGUGUUGAUCCUGGGAAGCUUCAGGUGUCUUCAGAUUAUUGAUUUCAGACCAGGCACUUCAGGAACAAAAUUUGUGAAGGGUGAAGAAAAGAAACUGGUUAUUUGGGUGAAUUUCUCUAAAACCUUGUGUGUAGUGGCUGGUGAUUCUGGAGGACAGAGUCACAUACCAGUUCACAGGCUAGGACGUGUGUGGUUGGUGAAGCUAUGCUCGGAGAUACUAUAGUCAUGUACACAAACCAAAAUACAGUAUGGACCUCUAGAACUGGAGUGCUUGUUGCUAUGUUUGUUUGGGAGACAGUAGGUGACUGGUUUUCUUCAAAAGCAAAGGGGUUCUAGGGAUUUAAUUCAGCUGAGGAGGUGGCUCUUUCCUGUGUAAAUUCAGAUGACGCAGGGACAAAUGGCUCUUCCUUUUUUGAACAUACGUCUCUCUUCAUGCCAAGAUGGUAUUUGUUUAGUAUGUAAGCAGACGAGAGUGUAUAGUGUCAACAUGUUAUUGCAAAUGUACUCUCUAUUAACUGGAACGUAUUUUACAUGAGGACUGUGGAAGCAGAUGGUGUACUAUAGCUGACUUCCUUUCUUGUUUCUUAUUUAUUCUGAGAAUGUUUUCUCCUCUUAACAGACUUGGACAUUUUUAAUCUGUGUAGCUUUUAAAGGGGGAAAGUACAUUAAUAAAGUGAAAAGAAUUAAUAUAUAUAUGCUGUAAAUAAAUAUUUUGGUGUCAUA